GGAAUCGUCCUUGGGUGUGCAGUGUUUGUGGUCGCUCAUAUGUCACAAAGUAUAAACUACGAGCACACAUGAAGUCACACACAGGGGAAUUGGUAUGCUCUGUUUGUGGACGACAGUUCACCUCACAGGACUCCCUAGGACGUCACCAAAGACUUCAUGAGGGUUCUGGAAAGAACUCUGUGCUUCCUACUUGCCAUAUUUGCAACAAGAAGUGUGCUACACCAAGUCUUCUUAAAAGACAUGUUGCAAGUCAUGAUAGGCAUAACUUCAAAUGUUCUAUAUGUGGACAAGACUUUGCCAACCAUCAACAGCUGAAUGCUCACCAGAAUAAACACCAUCAGUCAGUUGUUCCUGCUCUCCACAGAUGUCACUUAUGCAACAAGUCCUUUGUUAAAGAAGCAGACCUCAAUCGCCACAUAACGACUCACAGCAGUCCAGCCUUCCACCAGCAAAAUACUACACAGUCUCUUCCAGCAACACAGAUAAAAAAUUGUGAGAGUGAGGCAACCAACAGUCGCAUCAGUCAGGGCAUGGGAGCUCUAAGACAGUCUAAUGCAGCAUGCUUUUUGGCAGGAAAGAAGUCUGACCUCUUCCCCCAAACUCAGACCCCCACACAAAUGAAUAAUAGCCUUCCUCAGGCUCCUUGUGGGAACAACAGCUACCUCGGAGGGUUGUCACAGACUCCUCAGCAGCAACACUCCCACCACCUUCAGAGUGCACAGUUACAUCCAGUAACAGUCAACCAGACUUCACAGCAGCAGCAGUUGAUGGCCAACACUAGUACCAAUACCCAAGCAUCGACUCUUCAAGCUCCAGUCUUUUUGGCUAGUGUGUCAUACGAUCCAGAAAUUCUGGGUGCUAGUUUGCAAGAGACCGCUUAUCAGCAGCCACAAGGCCAGGAGUAAAUGUCUGAAAGAAAACAUUGAUUCUAUAAGAAUAAUCAACUUCCUGAAGACUGUGAUUCUUAAUGUCAGUUUGGAAUUUAUCUGU